AUGGACACCGAGUACCGCGCCUUGCAGCAGGGGAGCUCCUCGUCGUGGUGCACGGCGGACGCGUCGUCGUGGGGAGCCGCGCAGCAGCAGAAGCGCCAGCGAUGCCAGGGUUCUUCAAGUGAUCAAGUUGGUUCCAGCUCAAGUAGUUCUCUGAAAAUAUCAGAACCAGAACCACAACAAAUCCAAGAAGAAGAAGAAGAAGAAGAAGAUUACUACAUGGAGGAGGAUUGUGAUGAUGACGACGAUGGCUAUGACGAAGAUGAUUAUGACUUUGAUGAAGCUGACUUUAACCAGCACCUUGCUGAUAAAUUUGAUGAUUUGGAUCUUCCUCCAGGCGUGGAGGCCACCGUACCAUGGUUGCAGAAAAUUGCACCCAAGGAAGAAGCCAAGGAGCCACCUAAAUCAAAUACUGCAGAUGAGAAUGUAAAUAAAUUUACGCAGUUCAAGCAGUUCGACACUGUUCAGAAUUUCUCUGACCAUCACUAUGCUGAGAAUUCUCAUGGAGAGCCAAACAGAGCCUGGUCAAAGAGAGUUCAACAUGACUGGAAACUUUUGGAGAAGGAUCUACCAGCAUAUAUAUAUGUCCGGGUUGCUGAAGAUAGAAUGGAUCUUCUUAGGGCUGCGAUUAUUGGGCCCAAGGGAACACCAUACCAUGAUGGGCUUUUCUUCUUUGAUGUUCACAUUCCGCCUACGUAUCCUUCUGGCCCUCCGGUGGUAUAUUACCACUCUGGAGGACUUCGGAUUAAUCCAAACUUGUAUGAGACUGGAAAAGUGUGUCUUAGCCUGUUGGGUACCUGGAGUGGUAGAGGUUGUGAGAACUGGAAUCCAGCUCAAUCAACAAUGCUGCAAGUUCUUGUCUCCAUUCAAGCUCUCAUUUUGAAUGAUAAGCCAUAUUACAACGAGCCAGGAUAUGAGUCCUAUGCCAACGAUCCGCAGGGAGAGCGGUUGGCUUUGGACUAUAAUGACAGGACCUUUCUGUACUCAUGCAGGACUAUGUUAUACUCACUUCGGAGGCCUCCAGAGCACUUUGCAGACCUUGUCGCUGGCCACUUCCGGGUGCAUGGGCACAUUAUUCUCGCAGCAUGCAAGCACUACAUGGCGGGUAAUGAUAUUGGCUCAGUAGUGCCAGAGGACGAGGAAGAGUCAGAAUACAAAAGCGGUGAUGCGGGAGCAUCCAGCAGUAGCAGCAGUGCACCAAAGCCAAAGCCAGGAGUGAUCAAGGCAAUCCCUCCAAACAGACGCAGCUCAUGCUCAUUCAAUCCGAGCUUGAAGGUGCUGUACGAAGAUCUUCUGAUGGAAUUCAAUGUCAAGGGUGCGGACACGAGGAAGUUCAUUGUCGAGAAGUUAAAGAAGAAACAACCUGCAGCCACCUGA